CUAGUAUAAACUUCUUUUCAACUCUUAUAUCAAUCAAUUUCUCUUGCAUAAGUUACUAUAUACUCCUAGUACAUGCAUUAAACACUUCCAUGUUAUAAAUCAACUCACAUGCAUUUUUAGAUAACAACUCAUCACCAAACUCCCCACAAUUCCUUAAUUUGCUACACAUAAGUUUUACAACUAACCCUUUAUAACAAGCCUUACUACUCUCCCCCCUCCUUUCAUUUCUGUCUUCUAGUAUACUUUCCUUGUUAAUUCUCUUCUAAACCAUAUAACAAUGGUGAACCUAGUGGAGGCCCAAAAGCCUCUCCUCCACGGCCUAAUGAAAAUGGCCGGUAUCCGGCCAACAACCGUGGAAAUUGAGCCCGCGGGAACCUCCAUGUCAUUCUGGGUUCCCGCGGAGACCCUAUCGAAACCAAACAAAAAGAAAAAACCUAGUAAUAAACAACCCUUGAAGCCGAAACCCGUGAUAGUCCUUAUCCACGGGUUUGCGGCCGAGGGUAUUGUAACGUGGCAAUUUCAAGUAGGAGCUCUCUCUAAGAAAUAUUCUGUCUACGUGCCUGACCUCCUAUUCUUUGGGAAGUCUUGCACAGGCAAUGCUGACAGGUCUCCGACAUUUCAAGCGGAAUGUCUGGCGGCGGCUUUGGCGAAGCUGGGUGUUACUAGGUGCACUCUUGUAGGGUUUAGUUACGGUGGGAUGGUGGCUUUUAAGCUUGCAGAGUUGUGGCCGGACCUUGUGGAGGCGGUGGUGGUGUCGGGUUCGAUAUUGGCUAUGACGGAGUCGAUCAGUGAGGCGGAGUUGAAUAGGAUGGGGUUUAAGUCGUCGUCGGAGUUGCUGUUGCCGACGUCGGUUAAGGGUUUGAAAACUUUGCUUAAGAUUGCAACUCAUAAGAAGUUGUGGUUUCCUGAUCGCUUGCACAAGGAUUACCUUAAGGUGAUGUUUACCAAUAGAAAGGAGAGAAAUGAACUGCUUGAGGCUUUGGUCAUUGCCAAACAAAACCCUGAUAUCCCUAACUUCACACAGAAAAUCCAUCUUUUAUGGGGAGAGAAUGAUCAGAUUUUCACCAUGGAGAUCGCGCAGCAAAUGAAAGAGAAACUCGGAGACAAAGCAUCGUAUGAAGGCAUAAAGAAGGCAGGUCAUCUGGUUCACCUUGAGAGGCCGUGUGUGUACAAUAGAUGUCUGAAGCGAUUCUUGGCUUCUGUGUAUGCUGAUGGAGAUGAUCAUAAGUAAGAUUAUCUACUACCUUCGUCCAGAUUCAGCUGUCACAUAACUAGUUCGAAAAUACACUAUAUCAAUGUUACUAGCUAUUCUGGACAGAGCAUUUCCUUAUCGCAAGCCCUCAAUUUGUAGUAUUAGAUGUGUGAUUAGAUCACCGAAAAAAAAAUAAAAUUAAUUUCAUAUUUGUAUUGUUUCAGGUACUGAAUAAUGAUAUAUAUUAACGCAUAUAACGCGUAUUGUUUGUACAACAAUUGACAAAUGAAUGAAAUGAACAUGUAACAUUGUUGUCCCAGUAAA